UCAAUGAUUGGGCGCACGCUUGCGGCAAUAGACACGUAGACAGUAGCCGAAUAUUAUCGUUAUGUUGAUUCUCAGUGCCCGGCGAAUGUGAUUUUCUCUGCUUUCGCGUGUAUCGGUAUUUUCAUCCUUAGUCCUUAUAUCAUUUCUUGAGCUGUGUAUUCGCGUUCGGUUCUCUUGCCUGCACAGCAUUAAUCGAUUCUCGCGUCGUUUAAGUUUGACCAAUUUCUCGUGUUCGGUUUCUGCCACAGUGGCAGAAAGUGGCAAACAGUGUCGUUUCUACCGAACACGAGGAAAUCGGUCAGACUUAAACAAUGCAAUGAGCUUUUCACGGUACGUGAGUUCAUGAUUUUUAGUUAAUUUUUAAACAAGUAGAAAUUUAUUAAGACCUAACAUGUACGUGCGGAUUCCGCCAACAAAAAAUGUCCGCGAGAUUCGGAAAGUUAUGUCGGUGAGGGAUAUUAAAAAGUUCAAAUCGCAAAAUCCACUUAAUCCGCGACAAUUAUAUAAAAUUAAACACAAUGGAGAUAUUGUCGUAGGUCACGUUCUAUGUACUGCAAGUACCAAGAGCGAAUUGGAAGCAAUGGUGGCAAGAAAAAGGAUGAAUAUUCCACCGUCCCAACAUCUACUGUCAGCAUCUGACAGCUUUAGCACCGAUACUGAAAACUCACCAAAGUCUGCUAAGAGGAUAGAUGAAGAUUUAGAAAAUAGAAAACAACAUAGGCUAAAGCAAUUGAAAGAACGUCAGGCUUUGUGUGCAAUUAAUGCACAAUCUGUUGAAGAAUACCAGGAACAUAGCACUUGCAACAGAAGCUCGUCGAUUUUAAAUAUUGAAAUUGAAGAUUCAAAAAGUACUGUAAACGCAUAUAAAACCCAGUGUGACUUCUUAAAAGACAGUCUCCAAAAAAAAGAAAAAAUAAUUGCAGAAAAUGCGGAAUGGAUUGCUAAACAAAAAGAUAUGGAAGUAACUAUUGUGGCAUUAGAGGAAGAAGUACAAUCAUUACGCCGAUUGAAUGUUGAAUUGCAGGAAUCUGCAAUCUUAAAAGGAAAAGAAAUUCAAAGUUUCAAUGAAGGCAACAAUUUAAAUGUGGUUACAGGAAACAACCUGACAGUAUCAAAUAAACAUCCCGCAGUUGGUUCUAUAACGCCUGAUAAUAAAAGCGUAAGUGAUUUCAAUGUUUGCAAGAUUAAUUUACAGACAUUCCUCUACUUACAACAAGAUUACGUUC